UUUUUUUUCCUCUCCCUUGAUUUCAACAUUUUCCCGAUCUUCUUGGCAGCCGCCGACGCCUCUUACCUGUUCUGCGGCAGCGGCGCAACUGGCAGCUGAGGCUGAGGAGUGGGGGUGCGUUUUAGAUUUUUAAGCAAAAGGCAACAAAAAAAAAUAAGCCAAAUCCAUUUUUUCUUCACCUCUCACCUUUUCAAGGCUUCCAAGUUAAUUAUUUCUGUUGCUUUGGGGUGAGCAAUUCUGUGGAUCUCUCCACCCUCACCCCCAAUUCUGACCCGAUCCCGCCUAGGGGUUUCUUCGGUCUCCGCUCACUCUGCGUGCACCUGGCGCGCCUCUUUUUUUUUCCACCCCCAACCUGUUGCAAGUCUUUAAUCCUUGCAACUGGGACUUGCGUGCAGGCAUCUGAAUCUUCCUCCUUGCCUAAUAUUUUGCAAGGGUUUGGGGGAGAGCACCUGCUCUACCUGCAAGAGAUUAAAAAAAAAAAAAGAAUCUCCAGGCUCCCUCUUGGCCCCUUUCUCCACACACUCUCGCUCUCCUGCCCCGCCCCGAGGUAAAGCCAGACUCCGAGAAAAUGGUGAUCAGCGUGGUCCUCCUGCUGCUGGCCGCCUAUGCCGUGCCAGCUCAAGGCCUGGGCUCUUUCGUGCACUGUGAACCCUGCGAUGAGAAAGCUCUGUCCAUGUGUCCCCCCAGCCCUCUGGGCUGUGAGCUGGUCAAAGAGCCCGGCUGUGGCUGCUGCAUGACUUGCGCCCUGGCGGAGGGACAGUCGUGUGGCGUCUACACGGAGCGCUGCGCCCAGGGUUUGCGCUGUCUCCCCCGGCAGGAUGAGGAGAAGCCGCUGCACGCCCUGCUGCACGGCCGCGGGGUUUGCCUCAACGAAAAGAGCUACGGCGAGCAAAUCAAGACAGAGAGAGACUCUCGGGAGCAUGAGGAACCCACCACCUCCGAGAUGGCUGAAGAGACCUACUCACCCAAGGUCUUCCGGCCCAAGCACACUCGCAUUUCCGAGCUGAAGGCUGAGGCUGUGAAGAAGGACCGCAGAAAGAAGCUAACUCAGUCUAAGUUUGUGGGGGGCGCUGAGAACACUGCCCACCCCCGAGUCAUCCCUGCGCCUGAGAUGAGACAGGAAUCUGAGCAAGGCCCCUGCCGCAGACACAUGGAAGCUUCCCUCCAGGAGUUCAAAGCCAGCCCACGCAUGGUGCCCCGUGCCGUGUACCUGCCCAACUGUGACCGCAAAGGAUUCUACAAGAGAAAGCAGUGCAAGCCUUCUCGUGGCCGCAAACGUGGCAUCUGCUGGUGUGUGGACAAGUACGGGAUGAAGCUACCAGGCAUGGAGUACGUGGAUGGAGACUUUCAGUGCCACGCCUUCGACAGCAGUAACGUUGAGUGACGCGUCCCCUCCCUCCCUCCCCCUUUCCUACCCCCCCAGCCCCAACUCCAGCCAGAGCCUCCCUCCACCCCAGGACGUCACUCAUUUCAUCUCAUUUAGGGGAAAUAUAUAUACAUAUAUAUUUGAGGAAACUGAGGACCUCGGAAUCUCUAGCAAGGGUUAAGGAGACACUUCCCACCAUGACCCCGGAAAUGUAUUCCUUUUUGAAGCAAGUUGAACGGACAGAGAAGGGAAGAAGAGAAGGAGCAAGAAGGAGCGAGAAAUGGGAAGAAAGCGUUGGAGUAGAGAAGAAGGAAGGACUGGUAGGGUUAGAGAGAAAAGACAGAAACAGCAAGGCAGGAAGGACGCCACAACCAGGGCUGGAUCUGUUCUUUGCUUUCAGCUCUAGCCUGGGGUCAGAGAAAGGUUGGGGCACUCAAAAGUGUGGCAUUCAGUGACACCCAGUUUAGAUUGGUCAAAAGGAGAAAAGAAACAAGGCAUGUCAGUGCCUCUCGGGUCUGUUGCUUCCUCCAGCCAGCAGUGUGGAUGGCUAGACCCCUCACCCUCCUCUCCUCUUACCCAAGUGCAGGGUGGUUUUUUCCCCAAAUUUAUAAAGACUAAAAUGCAUUCCAUCCCUUUAAAAACAAAGAAAAUUUUACUCUUGUUGGAGAUUUUUUUAAGAAAUCAGUAUGCACCCCCAACACUGGAAAGACUUGAUUUUCCAGGGUGACAAGCAUUCAGAAGCAUGUGGCUUUGGCCCUUAAUUUCACUAGACUCAGAGUUGGCCCAGCAGCCUCUGUGGAGGAGAAGGAUAGGCGGAGAAAUGGAAGGGGCUUGUAUUCACCUACAAGGCUCCAUGUAGACUUAUAUAGGCAUAUAAAUCUAUUUUCUUUAUUUUUCCCCCUUUCCCUUUCUUUCAAAGUUUUGCAUUACCUCUUUGAAGUAGUUUUUAGGGCACUGAAGAUCUUCCUCAUUCUGGGAAAAUCCGUAUUUCACUAAUACAACCCAGAACACCAGCUUGGCCUGCUUCUGGGCAGCUUGUCUCAUAAGCUACAUGUGUGGCUCUUUUGUGGAGCACCGAAUCAGAUCUUCUUAUGAUUCCCAACCUCUGUUGAAAUGUAUCCACCAGGUAGCUGCCAGCACCCAAGGUGCAUCAACUUGCAGCCCAGGUCACCCCAUGUCAGCCUUCCAGCCCUCGGAAAGUAACUGUCUUACAGCACGCAGAGAAACCUACCAGAUCCAUCUUCCACCCACUGGCCUGCUCAGGCCUUCUUGUCUAUCUGCAUUUUUUUUAAAACUGCAUUUUGAAAGCCUCCCUCAGUUGCCAGGCUGACAGAUCAGAGAGAAACUAACAUGAGAGAUGACAGAAGAGGAGGAAGUGGAGGGUGGGGGGAAAGUCUUUCACAGAAAGACACAGAAGAUGGAGCAGAGAUGAGGUCUGGGAGGAACAAGAAUGAGACAGAAAGAGGGAAAUGCCAAGAGAAUUUUCCGUGGUGUCUCCCAGCUAAUAAACUCUGUGGGAUUUGAGAGGAAAAUGGGGGGAAGGAGCUUUGAGGUUGAGCGAACUCAAUUCAAGUCACAGAGCCCAGAUGGUGGGUAAUUGAGGCAGACUUUAAUCCAGACUUAAGAUGCACGGUUGGAAACAAGGAUCCAUAGCCUGACUGGGUGUUAAAGGGUGAAAAGGAUGCCUUGGGAAGAGAGCACAACUUCAGUUCAACUUCUGCCUCCCCAAGGAGGGACUGAGGCCAAAGACUCUUUCAAGUGCUUCAUCAGCUCUGCCCCACCCAAACAUCCUCCCUGGAAUGGAGGAUGGUAGAAAGCCCAGGACAACUCAGGCCUGGGUCUUCAUGUUUACCAGCCUGAUCUCAUGGCCCACUGGCUUCUGCAAUAAAGGGGUGUUUAACAAAGGGCUUAGGACUGUCUUUGAAGACUGAAGAUAGCCUGCCAGGAGAGGGUACUAGGACAUUGGUACAGGAGGCUCCUUUUUUGCUGUGGACACAGCUCUUUGCUCUUUCUUGAUGGCAUGGCAUAGUAGAGGCCCCCUCCAACACGCAACGUGGAGCAACCAAAGGGACAGCAAAGAGACAAGCGUACGUCGACUCAUAGGACGUGGAUGGCUACUAGAAGGGGAUGUCUCCUGUUGCCUGGACAAGACAGUUGGCUGGGAAUAAAAGAGGCAGUUAAUCUUCAUAAGACAAAGGGCCUGAUGGGGAUGGCAGUAGAAGGACUUACCAGACCUGCAGGGUCAGUACACCCGUCACCCUGCACAACAUCCCCAGCCCCAACUCGAACUUCAGUGUAUCUUAGGCCAGUAUCCUAAACCUUCUCCAUACGUCUCAUCUUCCUGCCAUUAUUUCUCUGGAUCUUGAGCAGUCAUCUGACUGGGAUUUGCCAAGUGGAUACUGGGGUACUGUUGCCCCCAAGAAAAGACUGAGCCAGGAACUGCCUACUCACUGCCCCUCCCAGGCCUGGAGCUAACACCUGUGAGGAGUGUUCUCCUUACCCCGCUACUUGCUGGACCUUGAAUGAGCCUCUGCCUCUUACAUGGGCUUUUUGUUGUGAGCCACAGAUGGAGGGCAUUGUAUAGACAGACGGCCUUCCCCAGUUCGGCCUACCUCCCCCAAACUUGUGAGUGUACUCACUGCUUAUACGCAGAGGCAUGUCUAAGACAGCAAGUCUCUUCCUAGAGGAAGCUUGCCUUUAACAGACAGAUGGAACUAAACCUUCCAAACGGGAAAUCUGGCUGAACCCAGGAUACAGAGAUCACGGAAAUGGGGUCAUCAAGAGAAGAAGGAUGCUCUUCUCCAUGUUACGGGGGGAGAAGGCAGGCUUGCAAUGGUCCCAUCAUACCCUGAGCAAGAAGCUUUUGGCUCCAGGCUAGCCUUUAGCUCCGUUAGAGGCCUCUACGUUGGCUUUAUCCACAGCCAUAGGUCUAAGUGUUGCCUGUCCCCAACUCCACUCACCCAUAGAAGGCUUCUUCCCACCCCCUUUUUGACAAAUGCCUCACUCAAGCAGUGGAAAAGAUAGCUCUCUUCCCCCUCUACUGCCAGGUAACUGAGAGAGGCCUAACCAGGACCUAUUCUCCGCCCCAGCCAGUCUUGACCAGCCAGAACAAAGCAGGGAACCUGGAGAAUAAAAGACUCUGUGUUCCUCUGACGACCAGGCCUAAACAGACCAGGCUUGGGAACAUCUACCCCACAGGAGACCUAGGAGGCCGUCUGUGCUCACUCCUCUUCUCCUUCCAAGACCCAGACCCUUUCCCAAUCAUGAGUUAUCUCCAUGGUAACAUCCUCCUCAUCCUUCUCCGACCACCAAGGGUUGCCAUGGCAACCUCCAAACCACCUGCCUAUCCCAGGCAGGGCAGCAGUCCUUCUGCUCAGAACCCUAGAGGACUCUAGGUGAAAUUUUACAGCUUGAGAGAGGAGCAAGCCAAGGAGAAGAGACCCUGUAGCCCUCUGGCUUUCAAGAGAAAGGAGGCUAUGAUGUAAAACCCAGUAGAAGGGAAAGAGGUUUUGUCAGCCUCUACCCAAGGAGCCUAGGGGUUGUACUGUCUUCAUUUUUAAACCACUAAAGUGCAACGUGUCCUGCACUCUUGUUACCCCACCUCUCUUCCCUGUUAGGUUCUCAUUUCUUUGAGCAGACUUUCUUGGUUUUUUUUUUUUUUUUUUUAACGGAGUAUAGACUUUCACCACUUCACAGACUCUGACCUCCUCCCUAAGUCUUUCUGGAUGGGGAAAAGGAAGGUAGAAGGUCAGAGGGGAAGGGGGUCCCUCAUCACCCCACAUCCAUUCACCCCACUUCUCUGGUCCCUAGUCACUAGCCUCAGCACCCCCAUCUCCAACACCAUCACUGUCACACAAUAGCCUGUCACACGGAUAGCACAGUUCAGACAAGACUCCUUCAGAUUCCGAGACGCCUACCGGUUGUUUUUGGUUUUUGUUUUGUUUUCUUUUUUUGUUUGUUUGUUUGUUUUUUUACAACAGCAAUAACCACAGCACAUAUUACUGUAGCUCUUUGUAGUGUUACGUUCAGACACCAUAGCUCUGUUCUCUCUUCUUUUUUGUUUUCGACUUUUAAAAAAAGGCUUAUACUUUUUACUGGUGAAACGGAUGGAAAAAAAUUAAACAACAAACCAGUUUGUGAAAAAAAAAAGUAGGAAGAAAAUCAACCCGAUGUGGAAGAGCUCUCCUCCUCUUUAGUAUUUUGUACUUAAAGAAAUAAAAAAGAAAAACCUGGACGAUCUCACAAUUUAUUACAAAGUGAAGAUUGCUGUACUCUAUUUAUUCAACUUAUAAUUUAUGUUACUCCUUGAUCUUUGUCUUUUGUCGUGACAAAGCAUUUAUUUAAUAAAAGUAUGCAUUCAGUUA